AUGAGCAGGGUCAUAUCUCUUCCUCCGCUAAAAAAGCAGCAAAAGCAAGAACGAUUUGGCUGCCUAUAUUCGCCUAUAAGUCUAGAUGAAAAAAUUCCUCCCCACAAAUUCAGACAUUUAGUAGGAUCUUCUCUUGAUUUUCAAAAGAAAUCAGAAUCCAAGCAUGAAAGUAUUUUUUCAAGGUUUUGAGAAGAAAAUUCUAUUAAAAUUAUGAAUGCUCAGCCGCCUUCUCCAUCGGCUCAAUCAAAGUCUUCUUUUGGGUAUAAUAUCUCAAGGCUUUUUACUCAUGGAAAUUCACCAAAUCACUUAAAAUCUAAUUCUGAGCAUCAAAGGGCUGAAAAAUCGUAUAUAAAACCUGAACGCAUUUUUCAAGGAAAAAAUAAAAAAGGAAAAAGAAUAAAGCAAUUAUCUGCUUUGUCUUGCAUAAAUGACUCAGUUGAGGCUUCCCCUCAAAAUGAGGAUUAUACAAGAGGCCUAGUCCCAAUAAAAGAAAUUAGCUUUCAGGAUAAAAAUCGAGAUCUGUCCUUGGAAAUAAUGCCUAACUCCUCCUUCUGUGAAUAUUAAAGUCAUUAGGUAUUUGUAUGAAAUUAACCUUCUACAUGAGCAACGUUUUUAAUUUAAUUUGUUUUAAAAAAAAAUUAUUUAUAAAUAAUUUUAUAUGAGGCAUCUCUCUAAUUAAAAUCUAAAUUUUAAUCAAAUUUAGUUUCAAACAUUACAAAACUGAGACUUUUGAAUUGCAAAAAUAAACCUCUUCUUGAGUGGCUUGUGGAGGAGAAUAAGAAUUUAAGCCCUGCCCACAAAAAAGUAUUAACAAGAUUUUCUCAAAAAUUAGCAAAACCUAUAAAUAUCAUCAAAAUUCAAGUUACAGAUCAAGGUUUACAAACAGACGAAAUAAUUACACCAUUCUCCAAAACUCCAGAAUCCGAGCAUUCUAGCUGCUAUAAUGCUUUUGAUAUUGAUACUUGGGAAUUUAAAAAUAAUUAA